AACCCAGAACAUAGUGGGCAUGAAGCCGGAAGCUGGUGAGUUUCUUCCAAAUUUGAAUUGUAUGUAAAACUAGACCAUUAUAAAUCAUCUAACGGAGAUAUAUUGUUUAUUCCUAUAUCAACGUUUAAUCUUCUCUAUAAAAUAUCGAACCGACAAUGAAAUUUGAAAAAGAAUUUGCUUCACAGACUGUGCCAGAAUGGCGAGAAGCAUAUAUGAAUUACAAAUACCUCAAGACUCUCUUAGAACAAAUCUUGAUUUUCCGGCAGCGGCAGCCACCGGAGAACCAAGCGAACCGGCCAAAGCCAUCCCGGUCUUUAAAGAGGAAGGUGUCCCUACUCAGAGCUUUCAGUGGGCUAACUAACAACAGCUUCAUAAAACACAAAGAAGAUGAGGUGAUUGUAGUAAAUGCAAUGCAGCAAGUUGAUGAAGAACAACAAGGUGGCGAGUGUCCGAAUUACCAGACUGUUUUCCUCCGGUCAUCCGAGGAUGGGGGAGAUUUAGACCUUGUGUUUUUUAAAAGACUUGAUGAUGAAUUUAAUAAAGUGGUACGUUUUUAUAAAACCAAAGUGGAGGAGGUGGUGCGGGAGGCUGGGGAGUUGAGUAAUCAAAUGGAUGCUCUCAUUGCUCUUAGAAUCAAAGUAAACAAUCCAUCAAUCGAGGUGACUGAAGAACAUCAAAAUCAUCCAAAGAGAUUGGAAGAGGCAGAUGAACACAAGAUGGCGUCUUUAGAAGUUUUAGAUCGCGUAAAGAUCAACGCGACCAGUGAAACACCACGAUCCACCGUUAGAAAUGUUUUCAAUAGUUUGAAUGUGGAUUUGAACUACAGCAGAAAUGAGCUCAAAAAUGCCCAAGGAAAGUUGAAGCAGGCUUUUCUUGAGUUCCAUGAAAAGCUUCGGUUUCUGAAGAACUACACUUUCCUGAAUCAAAUGGCCUUCUCCAAGAUCAUGAAGAAGUAUGAUAAGAUCACAUCAAGAAAUGCGUCGGAUGUUUACUUGCAGAUGGUUGAAGAAUCUUACUUGAGCCAAUCUGAGGAGGUUGCAAAGCUCAUAGAGAGAGUCGAAGCAGUAUUCAUAAAGCACUUCUGUAAAGGCGAUCGUCAACGAGCAAUGAACACCUUAAGACUGAAAUCUAAAAGAGAGAAGCAUCGAGUUACAUUCUUUGUUGGGGUCUUCUUUGGAUGCUCAUUAGCACUUGUUGUCGCGAUCAUUAUAAGUAUACAUGCUCGAGAUCUUCUCCAGGGUGAAGGACACACUAAGUACAUGAACACCAUCUUCCCACUAUACAGCUUAUUUGGAUUUAUCGUGUUGCAUAUGCUGAUGUAUGCUGGAAAUAUAUACUUUUGGGUGCGCUAUCGUGUCAAUUACGUGUUUAUAUUUGGAUUUAAGCAAGGAACAGAAAUGGGUUUCAAACAAAUUCUGCUCCUCACUUUUGGUCUGUCAGUUCUCAUUCUUGCAGCUGUACUCUCAAAUCUUGAAAUGGAAUUGGAUCCAGAAACUGAAAGUUACAAGGCAUGGACUGAAUUACUCCCUUUGGGCUUGGUCAUUGUUGUGGUUUUGAUGACAAUCUGUCCAUUUAAUAUCUUGUAUCGAACAAACCGUUUCUUCUUCUUGGUGUGUUUAUGGCACUGCAUUUGUGCUCCUCUUUACAUGGUCACACUUUCUGAUUUCUUUUUGGCUGAUCAGUUUACCAGUCAGGUUCAGUUAUUGAGGAAUAUACAGUUCUAUGUAUGUUACUAUGGGUGGGGAGAUUUUAAGAAGAGAGAUGCAACGACUUGCAACGAAAGUAACAUUUUUGAAAUUAUUUCUAUAGUUAUCGCUGUUGUCCCAUAUUGGAUUCGAGUUCUACAGUGUAUAAGACGCUUUUGUGAAGGAUCUGAUUCUACACAAGCUAUGAAUGGACUCAAAUACCUAUCUACCAUUGCUGCUGUAGUUUCAAGGACAAUUUAUAUUCAAAGAAGAGGAACAAGCUUGAAGAUCCUAGCUGCAUCCACCUCAGGAGUCGCAACAAUUUUCAAUACCUACUGGGAUAUAGUGAUGGAUUGGGGUCUACUAUGUAGGAAUUCUGAGAAUCCAUGGUUGAGAGACAAGCUCAUUUUGCCCAACAGAUUUGUCUACUUCAUAGCAAUGGUAUUGAAUGUGAUCCUGAGACUUGCGUGGAUGCAAACUGUAUUGGAUUUCCAUGAAGCCCCUUUUCUACAUAGGAAUGCCCUGAUUGCAAUUGUAGCGAUUUUGGAGAUUAUCCGACGUGGCAUAUGGAAUUUCUUCAGGUUGGAGAAUGAGCAUUUGAAUAAUGUUGGGAAAUUUCGAGUUGUCAAGUCGGUGCCUUUACCUUUUAGUUACGAAGACAAGGAUCUAUAAAUAAUUAAUUCGUUUGCAAGUUUUGUAUUUCUAUUAAAAAUACAAAAAAAUUCAAAUAAUAUAUUUUUAUGUAAAUAGCAUUUAACAUGUAAAAAAGUUUAUGUGAAAAA